AUGUCAGCCAAACACUUCAUCAAUGACCCAACCAAGUUGGUCAACCAGGCCCUCCACAGCCUAACCCUCACAAACCCAAGCCUGGCCCUCGACAAGCCCAACAAGAUCAUCUACCGCAGACCGACACCCGAUGCCGCCAACAAAAAGACCGUCUCCGUCGUCUCGGGCGGCGGCUCGGGCCACGAGCCCUCCUUCGCAGCCAUGGUCGGCCAGGGUCUCCUCUCCGCCGCCGUGGCGGGCACCAUCUUCGCCAGCCCGAGCGCGGAGCAGGUCCGGACGGCCGUCGCCUCGCGCGUCGACACUAGCGCGGGCGUCCUCGUCACCGUCAUGAACUACACGGGCGACGUGCUCAACUUUGGGAUGGCUGUCGAAAAGGCCCGCGCUAGCGGCCUCGAGGUCGAGAUGGUUGUCGUCGGCGACGACGUCGGCGUCGGGCGGGCCAAGGCGGGUAAGGUCGGACGGAGGGGCAUCGCGGGCACGGUGCUCGUGCACAAGAUUGCCGGCGCGCUCGCGGCGCAGGGCAGGCCGCUGGCCGAGGUCGCAAAGGUCGCGCGCCUGACGGCCGAGAACCUGGUCAGCGUCGGCGCGAGCCUGGAGCACGUUCACGUUCCCGGGCGCGCGGUGCCCAGCGGCGAGGAGGAGGGCGCGCUGCAGCUCGGUGAGGCGGAGCUGGGCAUGGGAAUCCACAACGAGCCGGGUUCCGGCCGGGAGAGCGCGGAUCUGGAAGGGUUGGUGGGCAAGAUGCUCACGCAGCUGCUGGAUCAGAGCGACAAGGACAGGGCGUUUUUGAACGUCAACUCGAACGAGGUCGUGCUGUUGGUCAACAACCUCGGUGGCGUGAGCGCGCUCGAGCUCGGGGGCAUCACGGCCGAGGUCGCGGCGCAGCUGGAGGGCAGCUACGGGAUCCGGCCCGUAAGAAUCCUGAGCGGGACGUACAUGACGAGCCUCAACGGCCUGGGCUUCAGCAUCUCGCUCCUCAACGUCGUCAACACGGACAUUGGCGGCCCGAGCAUGAUCCAGCUGCUCGAUUACCCGACCGAGGCCACGGGCUGGUCGUCGCCCAUCCUCAAGGAGACGUGGGAGGCCAAGAACCAGGCCACGCGGGAGGAGGCGGCGGACGCCGGGCAGGCGACGAAGCCUAGCGAUCUCAAGUACGAUGCUGCUGCGGCCACCAAGGCUAUCACGGGCGGUCUGCAGAGGGUCAUUGCGGCCGAGCCCGAGGUGACUAGGUAUGACACCGUCGUCGGUGACGGCGAUUGCGGUAUCGGUCUGAAGAGAGGAGCUGAAGCAAUCCUCAAGCACAUCUCACAGAACCCCCUGACAGGCGACGCCGUCGUCGACCUCGCCUCCGUGGUCCCCGUCGUCGAGAACACAAUGGACGGCACCUCGGGCGCCCUCUACGCAAUCUUCCUCAACGCCCUCACCGCCGCCCUCCGCAGCCUGUCCCCCGGGUCCGCCGACGCGAAGACCUGGGCCGCGGCCCUGAAGCAGAGCAGCGACGCCAUGUCGCGGUACACGCCCGCGCGACCCGGCGACCGGACCCUCGUCGACGCGCUGUACCCCUUUGUCGAGGUCCUCGGCGAGUCGGGCGACGUCAAGAAGGCGGCCGAGGCGGCGCGCGCGGGCGCGGAGACGACAAAGGGCAUGAAGGCCAGCCUGGGGCGGACGGUGUACGUCGGCGGCUCCGGGUUCGAGCAGGUGCCCGACCCCGGCGCGUGGGGGUUGAGCUGCUUCUUUAGCGGGUUGGCGGGCCUGGAGGGUGAGGAUGGGUGGGAGAAGCUGUAG